CGAGCAGGACUCUGAAGAGCUGUGUUCUGCACUCUGGUUUACAACAGCUCAGUAUGACCUUGGUAACAGACAAGCCAAGUGACGUGUCCCCUUUUUAAGAUGACAAAUUAAAGAAACUCGGUGUUGUAUACUUUGGAAGUACUGAAUGGAAAGUGCUGGAGGAAAUGCAAAUUUUCUAUUUUGUACAUACAUUGUUUUGUAUAUACUGUAUAUGAUGACUUCAGUGGGCAGUGAACGUACCCGGGGCACUCGGGACAAAACGCAAAUUUCAGCCGCACAGCCAACACAACCACAGAAACAAGCAGUACAGGCAACAGCAGAACAAAUUCGCCUUGCUCAGAUGAUCUACGAUAAGAACGACGCAGAUUUUGAAGAUAAAGUGAAACAACUUAUGGAAGUGACGGGGAAAAACCAGGAUGAGUGCAUAGUGGCACUACAUGAUUGUAAUGGGGAUGUGAACAGAGCAAUCAACAUACUGCUGGAAGGAAGUUCAGACACGACUUCUUGGGAGACUGUAGGGGGAAAGAAGAAAAGCCUUGGAAAGGAAAGUUCAGAAAACAAAGAGAACAGAGAAAAACGAGGGGACAGAGAAGUGAGUCGCGGACGGGGAAAUUCCAACAGACGGGGAAGAGGAGGCAGCCGUGGCCGAGAGUUUAGAGCUGAAGAGAAUGGAGUGGACAACAGUCAAGGAGACAGGCCUUCAGACCGUGGGAAGCGUGGCCGUGGGAGAGGGUUUGGACGUGGCAGAGGGAGAGGAGCGGGGAGGUUUUCAGCCCAAGGCAUGGGGACAUUUAACCCUGCAGACUAUAUGGAAUCCUCUGCCACUGAUGGCUUUGGGACAAAAUCAGAGAUUUGGGAGACUGGUCAGAAUGAUGCAGAUGAUGGAACUGGAGCAUGGAAAAAUUCGAUAGAAGAAUGGACAGCGGAAGACUGGAAUGAAGAUCUUUCUGAAACAAAAGUCUUCACUGCUUCCUCUGUUCCAGCUGAGAAUCAUGUGACUCCUGGGCAAAACAUUGAUUUGGUAGCACUGCUUCAAAAGCCCGUGAUUCCUUCCCAAGAGAGAGAAGGCAACUCAUUUGAGGCUUCCCAGCAGCAGACCUUUGGCCAAGCCCUAGUCUUCACAAAUUCUCAGCACAGCACCCAAAUGACAUCAGUACCUGGCAGCUCCAGUGCUGUAAACUCUUAUUCUCCUCAAAGUCUGUCUGCAGUUCUUUGCUCUGGCUUUGGCGAACUUGGAUCCUCUAAACUGACAAACUCUACUGGGUCACAGAUAUUGGACCAAUUGAAAUCUCCAGGACUGACUCAGUUUACCUCUCAACAAAACAAUAGUAGCUCUGCUACUGCUACCACAACUGCCACAUCAUCUUGGGAUCUGAAACCACCCAUUACUCAGUCCUCAGUCCUUAGUCAGUUCGACUUUAAGUCCCAACCUGAACCAUCACCAGUUCUGAGCCAACUGACCCAACGACAGCAACAACAAACACAGGCAGUUCCUGUUCCUCCUCCUGGGCUGGAGUCCUUCUCCUCCCAGGUAAAACUCCGAGAGCCAUCCCCAGUAGACACGUCUACAGCUGUCAGCAAAAUGUUACAGCUCCCCACCAUAUCUAUGGACAACCAGGCCGUGACUACCCAUCAAACCCAGCAGAAACAGAUAAAACCACCAAAACGAAGAAUAACUCCAGCAUCUAAGAUUCCUGCCUCUGCAGUGGAGAUGCCUGGAUCAGCGGAUGUGACAGGGUUGAAUGUUCAGUUCGGAGCUCUGGAGUUUGGAUCAGAGCCUGCACUCCCCGAGUUUGGAUCAACUUUGAGCAGUGAGAAUACCAGCCAGGCAACCAACAAUAGCUUGUACUCAAAGUCUGUGAAGUGCGUUGAUCCUUUGAAUACCGCUUUGCCAAUAUCCAAUACAGUACAGGGGUCCACCUACACAACCUCUGCCAUCACAUCUUCCAGUCUGACCUGCUCAUCCCAGAGCACUAGCCCAGUAACAACAACUGCCUCCUAUGACCAGACUUCUGUGCAUAGUAGGAUAGCAUACCAAAGCUCCAUGGCUCCGUCUGAACCAACUCCUGUUGCCGUUACGAACGGGCACAGUGGUGUUAGAACACAGGCAACUCUUGACACUACUUCAUCAGUUCCAGCGCCUAAGACAGAGCCUUCUCCCUCACUACCUUCUGCUGGUUGUCUGCCUAGCGUGGUAUCCACCGCUGCUUCACUUCUGCCUUCACCAUCACAGCAUGUGGUAACGUUGCCCAGCUUGCCUCAGCCCAGCGAUUUGGCCAGCAGCGCACUUUCCCAGUUAAGCAGCUCCCUUUCCAGUCAUCAGAGCAGCCUCUCCCCUGCCUCAGUGUUGUCUUCGAGCUCAUCACACGCACACACUAAUGUUGAGAACACAACUUCGCUCCAGCCUUCAACGACCUUUUCAACUGCUUCAACCUCGGCCACUAGCACCACCUCUUCGGUUGUCAGCAUGGCAAGCAGUAUGAACACUACAAACAGCCUUGGCCUGAGCGUUACCACUGUGUCUCUACCAGCUGCUACCACACGAGCAGCUGCCUUAGUAUCUUCAGGCAAAGCUCCCCCAAACUUGCCCCAGGGUGUACCACCUUUGUUGCAUAACCAGUAUAUUGUGGGACCUGGAGGACUUCUGCCUGCCUACCCAAUUUAUGGUUAUGAUGAUCUCCAGAUGCUUCAGUCCAGGCUACCAAUGGAUUACUACGGAAUUACAUUCCCUGCUCCUGCAACCUUGACUGGCAGAGAUGGAAGCCUUGCUAACAACCCGUACUCAGGUGACGUUACAAAGUUUGGCCGUGGGGAUUCUGCCUCCCCUGCUCCUGCUACCACGCUCGCCCAGCCGCAGCAGAACCAGACGCAGACCCACCACACGACCCAGCAGCCCUUCCUCAACCCAACGCUGCCCCCGGGCUACAGCUACACCGGGUUACCGUAUUACGCUGGCGUGCCCGGCGUGCCCAGUGCAUUCCAGUAUGGGCCAACCAUGUUUGUACCUCCAGCAUCCGCUAAACAACACGGAGUCAACCUGAACACGGCGUCGACCCCUUUCCAGCAGGCGAGUGGCUACGGGCAGCACAGCUACGGAGGAGGCUACGAUGACUUAACGCAGGGAACGGCAGCUGGAGAUUACAGCAAAGGAGGCUACAGUGGGUCAUCUCAAGCACAAAACAAAUCUGCUGGCACUGGACCUGGGAAAGGUGUUUCUGUGACCUCAAGUAACACAGGUGUGCCUGAUAUCAGUGGCUCGGUCUACAACAAGACUCAGACGUUUGACAAGCAGGGAUUCCACGCUGGCACGCCGCCUCCGUUCAGCCUGCCCUCUGCUCUCGGAUCAACUGGGCCCCUGAACCCUGGUGCUGCCCCGGGUUACGCUCCAGCCCCGUUCCUCCAUAUCCUGCCUGCACAUCAGCAGCCUCAUUCCCAGAUGCUGCAUCACCAUCUUCAGCAAGAUGGGCAGGGUGGAUCUGGCCAACGCAACCAACCCAGCACCAUGCAGCAAAAGUCUCAGGCUACCAAAACCGCCUAUGGCACCUCUCCAUACUGGACAAGCUAAAUCCGAAACUGGGGAGGGAGGAGAGAAGGAAAGGAGGAGGGGGGAAAAAAACCACAAAAGAUGAAAACAAAACAAAGCAAAAAGCCGAAACCCA